AUGAAGAGGUGGUAUGGGAUUUUGCUUGUGUCACUCAUCUUUUGCUCAAUGUUCUCUGAGACCAUCGAGUUGGUUAUUGCGGCAAAGGAGAAGAGGGGUUGGACUCUCAAUAGUGCUGGAUACCUUUUAGGUCCACAUGGUAUGGAUGGACAUGGGACACUGGGAGAUAAACCUGGUCUUGCUGGCAAGAGAGAUAUAGACUGGGAAGAAAACGUCCGAACAGGUGUCCAAAGGAGAACAGAGGAAGACAUUGUCCACACUGUCAUUGACUUUCUGUCAUAUCUCAAAUAUAAAGAAAUGGGACCCUGGCAAAGUCUGACUUCUGUGACAUCAGAUGAAAUGGCCAAUCCUUAG